AUGGUACAAUCACGAAGAACGACGGGCCGCUGUCCUUUACUGGCAAAAGCCCAUUCCACGAUCGCUCAACUCCACCUCUCAUUCGCUUCCACUAUCUACACCAAGGCCGAAGAGAAAGGAAAGGAAAAAGAAGAGAUAAAACUGAGCAGUGAGAGGCUUUUCUCUGCUUCUACAACAAUGGAGAGCGCUCUCUUAUGUGCUUCUUCUCCCGUUAUUUCUUCACAAUGUCAUUCUAAAGCUUGCGAUCUUGGAAGAAAUUUUCGCAGUUCGUUCAGCGGCAAAUUGCUGUACAAGAAUUCCGUUUUGAUAAGAAACACUGGAACUGCGUCAAGAAGCCGCGCCACUGUUUCUUCUCUGCUAGGAAGGAAAGUGAAAAAGGAGACCAUCAUACCGGACCCCGACUACCGUAUUCCAAUUGUACUUCUAGGGGCUGCCGGUGGUUUUGUUUAUGUCGAUAAUUUAGCUGCAGCAGUUCCUGUUGCUCUCCUUGGAUUACUCCUUUUAGUCCAGGCAACAAGAGUGAGAUUCGUAUUUGACGACGAGGCCCUGGAGGUGAAAGUUGGAGACCAGCUUCAGGAGUCGGGUGAAAAUGUUUUUGUGGGUGGAAAAAACCGCUGGAAAUAUUCAACAUUUGUAAACUGGGAGCUCUGGUGGCCUUCCUUCCCAAUCUUAGUUUAUUUUAAGGAGAAACAAACCAAAGCUGAAGGACAGAUUCACUUUUUCCCAGUAAUUUUUAAUGGGAAGCAGCUCUAUGAUGUUAUGGUGCAAAGGUGUGGUCCUUCAAAAACUAGCGGGCCUAAAUAGUUGUAAUGCCUAAAGUUUCAAAUUGAAAUCAGUGUCAGAUCAUACAAUAUAUCAAGGGACGCUGGACCCGUUUAAUUCUGGAAGCUGAACUGCAGAAGAUUUAAAUCAUGUAAGCUUUUGCGGAUUGCAUCACAUCUAUUAAUCGAUGUGGGACUGCUGCGGCUAGCUAAAUUUUUUCUUGCAAAUGAAUGCACUAGUCUACCUGUAUAAAAUCAUGUAUAUGAUAGAAUAUAGCUCAUUCGAGAUACUUUUAUACCUUAUGCUUUUAACUGGAAUUGUUAGCUCGUAUCUACCUGUAACUUUUAUUUUUCUUGUCUUAUGUC